AUGGCCAAGUAUUUUCAAUUUUGACUACCUAGGCUAGAACGAGACUCCGAAGAAACGCAAGAGUCCUACUUGAGUUCUCCGUUAAUAAGCCAUGUCGACUGCUUCUGAAAGUUCUGGCAGAUGGAGGAAGAGAAAGCGCAAAACAAUGGGCUGCAGAGGAAAGCUCUCUGUUCACGACCCCGUGGAGGUGAGGAGUGUAGAAGACGGGUUCCUGGGUUCAUGGCACUCUGGAAUUCUCAUUGCAUGUGGUAGACAAAAUAGCAGUGUCAAAUACGACGAUAUUUUAGCAGAUGAUGGUAUCACUCAAUUAGUUGAACUUCUGCCAGGCGUUGAUUGUGAGGCCAAACUGAAGAAGGGUACUUGUCGUGGACGCAUAAGGCCAUUGCCGCCUCUGCUUAGGGUAGUGAAAUCAGGACUCCCUUAUGGACUGUGUGUAGAUGUUCGUUAUCUGGAUGCUUGGUGGGAAGGUGUUAUAUUUGACCACGAAGAUGGUUCAAAGGAGAGGAGGAUUUUUUUUCCAGACUUGGGUGAUGAAUUGAAGGCUGACAUUGAUGAUUUACGGAUUACCCAAGAUUGGGAUGAGGAUUCUGGGAAUUGGCGGCAACGUGGGACCUGGUUGUUUCUUGAGUUGAUCAAGAAAUAUGAGCAGGAUCAGUUUCUUCCUGUUUCUGCAAAACAGAUUUGGUAUGACUUUCGAGAAAAAGAGGGCUUUGAGAAGAUUAAGGAGUGGGCUUCUACUGCGGAGAGAUCUUUAUGGGAAGAGUUGCUUUUGGAGGUUUAUAAUGAUAACCUUGAGAUUGCUGUGAGCCAUUUCUUCCGUGACUCAGGCCUUGAAGGAGGCAAGGAGCAAGAAGCCCCCUUGCAGUUGGAGUAUUCUAAAUCAACUGUAGAACCUAACUUUAGUCCUGUGCUGGAUUUGACUGACUCUCUGCAUUUGGUACCAGUCAAGACUCUUGAGAGUCCCAUGAACAUCAACUUGAGGACACUGGGUGACAAACCUAGCAUUUUACCUCUUGAUUUAUCAGUAUCACCCUCUUCUGCAGAUGAUUCUGAAGCAGUUCUUAGUUCCGAAUCCAGUGAGAUAAAUGGGAAGUAUACAGUUUCAAAGAACAGAAGAAGUCAAAAAUGGCAAUCUGCUAACCUUGAAAUAGUUCAUGACGCAGAGUUCUGUCCAGAUGCCAUGGCCCAAUAUGUACGCAUGGGAAACAAACGUGGUCAUCCAACUUUAUGGGAGAAGAUCAGGAAACAUCUUAAAUAUCUUGGAUGGAAUAUUGAGUACAAGAGAGAUUACAGAAACAAUAGCAGACUGUGUUACACCUCUCCUCUUGGGAAGGCCUACUAUUCCCUUCGUCAGAUUUGCCUUGAAUUAAGUGAAUCUACUACAGAGACUCUUUCUCCAGCCUUCCAACGUGGCCAGAGAAGUUUGCCUACUCUCCCUGAUGAUUAUAUCUGUUCACUUAUUACUCAGCCAGAGCCAGCACAGAAUCAGGAUCAAACCUCUGGCACUAAACUGAUUGUUUCUUCUCAUUCGGAUGGGCUUCUUGUUGAAGCUGAAUGUUGCCCUCAAGCUGUUAUAGACUGGUAUGAGUGUGGGCAAAGGAAUGACGACAAGGACAAGAUAAGUACAGAAGAGAAAAGGAAUAUGAUAUUAAAAGCAAGGAAGCAUCUCUCUGCCCUAGGAUGGAGAUUUCAGUACAAAAACAAGAAAAUGAAACGUGAGCUGAAUUAUAUAUCGCCUAGCGGAAAAACAUAUAAUUCACUCCGAGUUGCCUGCAAAGACUGUAUAAAUGGGCAAGUCACCAAAUGCAAUGCGUAUACUGAUAAACAAGCCGAAAGACUGCCACGGGCGCAAAAUUCUAGACUCCCAAAGCUGAGAAGGGAAGAAAUAUCUGGAGCUUCAUCAGGAGGAAGAGAUAAAAUGAAAGGUAGUCAUCCAACCCGAAUACUAAGAUCAAGCAAAAGAGUUCAGCAGGCUCUCAAUCCAAGUUCUUCCUAUCAUGGUGCUCGGACAGUACUGUCUUGGUUGAUAGACCAUAAUGUGGUGCUGCCAAGAACAAAAGUAUAUUACCGUGGCAGAAAGGACCAACGCCCAAUGAAAGUGGGACGAAUAACUAGAAAUGGGAUCAAGUGUAAUUGUUGCAUGAAGGUAUAUACUCUUAGUGGCUUUGAAGCUCAUGCGGGCAGCAGUCGUCAUAAACCAUCUGCCUGUAUCUUUUUGGAAGAUGGCAGGUCUCUACUAGAUUGCCAGUUGCAAAUAAAAAAUGGUAAUAAGAUGAAAAAAACUGCAGAUCCAUGUCAGGGGUUGGAGGACAGUUUCCAUCAAGGCGAGAAUGACCAUAUAUGUUCUGUUUGUCACUAUGGUGGUGAUCUGAUUCUAUGUGAUCGGUGUCCAUCCUCGUUCCAUAAGGGUUGUCUUGGUUUGAAGGUUGUUCCAGGUGGUGAUUGGUUUUGCCCAUCCUGCUGCUGUAGAAUAUGCGGGCUAAGUAAAUUCAAGGAGGACGCUGAGCAUUCUAUGUGUAGUAAAGUAAUUAGUUGCACUCAAUGUGAGCGUAAAUAUCAUGUUGGGUGCGUUGAAAACAGAGGCAAUAUGUCUGAGCGCUAUCUUGAAACAAGCUGGUUUUGCAGCAUAAAAUGUGAAGAGAUAUCCUUGGGCCUUUACAAGCUUCUGGGAAGGCCAAUUCCAGUUGGCGUGAACAACCUUACUUGGACAAUAUUAAAGUUUAUGCGAUCUGGUGUUGAUGGACCCGAUGCUUCCGAUUGUGAUGAAAUGAUCGAGAACUACAGCAAACUCAAUGUUGCUCUUGGUGUGAUGCAUGAGUGCUUCGAGACUGUUAAAGAGCCAUACACUGGGAGAGAUCUUGUUGAAGAUGUUAUUUUCAGUAGAUGGUCAGAGCUUAACCGUCUGAAUUUCCGAGGGUUCUACACUGUACUUUUAGAGAGGAAUGAUGAAUUGAUUACUGCAGCAACAGUUAGGGUGCACGGAGCGAAGGUAGCAGAAGUGCCUCUUGUCGGCACCAGGUUCCAAUAUCGUCGACUUGGAAUGUGUCGCAUAUUGAUGAACGAGCUUGAAAAGAUGCUCAUGAAGUUAGGAGUAGAGAGGCUCGUUUUGCCUGCUGUUCCUAGUGUGCUGAACACAUGGACUACUAAAUUUAGGUUCUCAAAGAUGAUGAAUUCUGAGAGAUUACAGUUUGUAGAUUACACUUUUCUGGACUUCCAGGAGACAGUCAUGUGCCAGAAGCAUCUAGUAAAUAUCCCUUCGGUAGAUUCAAGGCAAUCCAUGGUUCACAAUCAUUGCGAUUUUGCAGCAUCCCAACCUUCGCUUUGCAACAAUGAAUGUGGGCAGCGUGAUAAUAUUGAUUUUGAUGGGUCCAGUUCCACUUCCGAUGUCCUCCAAGCAGAACAAAUUGAUGAAAGUGGAAUUGUGGACCAAGGACUGAAGGGUUCUGUUGCAGCCAAUAGCAGUUGGGUUGGUGAGGACCAAUUGGUUGUUAUGGUGAAGCAACCAUCUCAUCUCGAAUGUGAACCAUUCCCUGCCAAGUUUGGUCUUGAAUGCUUGGUUGAGGAUACAACCUCGAAAAAGAAGGAAUUUAGUGAUCCUAUUUGUGGUUCAACAAGAUUUGAAAAGGAAAGAUUGGAUGGUGCUAAAGGCAACUUACUAUGCUACAAGCGAAGAAAGAUAUUAAAUGGUUCAAGCUGAGUUUCCUCUAACUUGCACAGGCUUUGUUAUUAAGUUACUAACCCUUAUUCUGGACUUCAGGGAGAUGCAACUAAUUAUUUUUGCAGAUUAAAUCAGCAUGGUGUCUCAAAAUUUUCUCUAUAAGCUCUAUGAGUUUCUCUUUUGUACAGAGGAAGAAUAUGGG